AUGGAGAAUCCUCACGUACAUGAAAACUUACAGCAUAUCCAAGCUGUUUUAUCAAAUUAUGAUACAUCUUUUCUAUCUGAUGACGAGGAAGAUUACUGCCCUUUAUGUAUGGAAACAUUAGAUAUAACGGAUAAGAAUUUCAAGCCCUGUCCCUGUGGUUAUCAAAUUUGUCAGUUCUGUUACAACAAUAUUAGACAAAAUCCGGAAUUAAAUGGCCGCUGUCCAGCGUGUCGCCGUAAGUAUGACGACGAAUCCGUUGAAUAUAUAGUUUUAUCACCGGAGGAGUUGAAAAUGGAACGGGCAAAGCAGGCAAGAAAAGAACGUGAGAGGAAACAGCGUGAAAAGGAGCGGAAGGAGAAUGAGUAUGCUAAUAGGAAGUAUUUGGCGGGUAUGAGGGUGAUUCAGAAGAAUUUGGUGUAUGUAAUUGGUCUAAAUCCACCGGUUCCGUAUGAGGAGGUUAGCACGCUGUUGCGGUCGGAGAAAUACUUUGGUCAGUAUGGUAAAAUCAACAAAAUUGUUGUAAACAAGAAAACAGGUCAUAAUGACCAUCAGACUGGGUAUGGAAUUUAUGUGACCUUUUCGCGGAAGGAUGACGCUGCCAGGUGUAUACAGGCGGUUGAUGGUACGUUCAUUGAUGGGCGACAGGUUAAGGCGGCAUAUGGUACAACGAAGUAUUGCUCGUCAUACUUGCGAGGCCAACCUUGUCCUAAUCCGAAUUGUAUGUUUUUGCACGAGCCUGGAGAAGAAGCAGAUUCAUUCAAUAAAAGAGAGCUCAACAAUAAACAGCAGCUGCAGCAGGGGCAGCAGACCGCCCAUUUGCACUCGCAAUCUGGCCAACAGGUACCAUUGCAAGUUAACCAACAUAUUCAACAGCAGCAGCAGCAGAAUCACCACCAUAUUCACCAUCCUUCCCCAUUCAAGGUUUUGCAUGACUCAACUGGUAUGACUGGGGGGAACGAUACUUCUGGAGUACCAUCUCCCGCUCAGGCCAGAACGCAGUUGCAUUUGGACGAUAGUUCUUCUUCGUCAACCCCAGCCGCCCAUACACCUGUUCUGACUCCUGCCCCAAUUCCUACAGGUUCGAACCCUUGGGGUAUUACUCAAUCUUCAACGCCCGUGUCCGCCCUAUCCAAGGCCUCAAGUUCGAAUGCAUUUCCAGCACUUGGUGAAGGCAUAAACAUUGCAGGUAAUAUACCAUCCAGCGCUUCAGUCGCUACACCAUCCAAUUGCAACCAACCAGGUAGCAGUAGCAGGAAUAAAAAGAAUAGUGAAAAACAAAACGAAAAUCCUUCUGAUCCUUUGGGCAGCGCUGUGAAAUUUAUUGACGACACAAUCAACUUCCUUUCGAAUUACCAGUGUAUUGAUUAUAAGCUUACAGCUGGUAUCAUCGACGAUGAAACAUACGCAAGCUACCCACCUUUAUUUUCAUAUGCUAACAUUGAUGUUUCUGAGGAAUCCGAGGGUAUUUUAGGAAGAAAGUUAAUCGACAUGUUAGCUAUCAAACCAGCCGACCAUGUCGCUACUUCCUUUCCGUCUCAACAGGAAGUAUCUCCUCAGAUGCAACAACACCAUCAGCAACUACAAGGCUCACAGAAACAGCUCCAACAACAACAAUUACAACAGCUUCAACAAUUACAACAUUUACAACAACUCCAGCAACAACAACUCCAACAACAGCAACAGCAGCAGCUGCAGCUGCACCAAACUACACAACAGGCUGCGGCAGCUCAGCAUAAUUCUUCUGAUGCAACACCUCAACAUUUGAACUCUGAAUUGCAUCUUCACCAUGGCCAACAGCAAACUAAAUCCAUGGUAAACUCUCCUCCGCCUGGCAUGUUUAUCCAUAACAAUCAGCAAAACCAGAACAUUGGAGCAGUACCACAUACAGGUGCUCAAUCUCGCAGCAACAAUUCUACUGAUCUGUUAAACCAACUGAUCAAUGGUAAGAAAGUAGCUGCUAGCAAUUAA